AUGGCGGACCAGAUAGCUGCAGAAAGUGCCAUUUCCACGAGUACAGUCCCAUCAACCUCUACACUGAAGGUGAACUUAGACGCGCCGCGAUGGGACCAGAGCACGUUCUCGGGUCGUGCCAAACACUUCUUCACCAUCACAGACCCACGGAACCUGCUGGCAACAUCUUCUCAGCUGGAGGAGGCCAAGUCACUGGUGCUGCAGUACAGACUAGGGAAGUUGUCGUCCAGUGUGACGGAGGAUCAACUCUGGAAGGCCAAGAACCUGUACGACUCCGCCUUCCACCCCGACACAGGCGAGAAGAUGUUUCUGAUUGGCAGGAUGUCGGCACAAGUCCCCAUGAACAUGACCAUCACUGGCUUCAUGAUGACUUUUUACAAAACCACACCUGCAGUUGUUUUUUGGCAGUGGAUUAACCAGUCCUUCAAUGCCAUUGUAAACUACACCAACAGAAGUGGAGAUUCUCCCAUCCCAGUCAAGACGUUGGGAAUUUCAUAUGUGUUGGCAACAACAGCUGCAACAGGGACAGCUCUGGGACUGAACAUGGUCGUCAAGAACAUUGCUUCCCCUCUCAUUGGACGAUAUGUUCCAUUUGCUGCUGUAGCCGCAGCCAACUGUAUCAACAUCCCCUGCAUGAGAUCCAGAGAACUGACAAACGGGAUUCCUGUGAACGACGAGAACGGAAACCGUGUGGGAGAGUCUCGCCGUGCUGCGACGCUGGCCAUCGGUCAGGUGGUGAUGUCUCGUGUUGUCAUGGCCAUGCCUGGCAUGGCUUUACCACCCAUCCUAAUGAACUACAUGGAGCAAAAGGGCAUCCUCCUUAAGCGGUUCCCAUGGUCAGCUGCUCCCCUCCAGAUUGGGAUGAUCGGUGUCUGCCUGGUCUUUGCCACUCCCUUGUGUUGUGCCAUUUUCCCACAAAAAAGUUCAAUGUCAGUGAGUCUGUUGGAACCUGAGGUGCGUGACAAACUACCAGCUUCGACGACGCGAGUCUACUUCAACAAGGGGCUUUGAGGCCGGUCACCCUGUCUGUCCUACAGACACAGGCACUGGGAACAGACAUGGUAAUCUGGAGGUAGAUAGUCUGUAGUGAUAGCAUUCAUUCAUGUUUAGUCCAAGCCUGAUCAUGACAAGGGUUGUUUUCACACAGAAUGCAUGAAAUCAGGUGAUAGAAUCAAUCAUGUAACCUGUAUCUUGUUAUAUUUUGUCUGACCCUGACCUCUUGUAUCAUAAACUCAAUGAAAAGCAGCCAGCAGGCAGAUUUCAGUAUUUCACAAGUAAAGGCACAAAUAAACAAAUUUCAUUUCAAGAAAGUUAUUUCUCAGCUACAGUUUUUGUUCAUAUCCAGAGUUCUAAAAUAGAACUAGCCAUGUGACCUUUAGAGUAUUACAUGACAUUGUGCAAUUUCAGUCUCCUAGGAUAACUACGGUAGAAGUGGGUCACGUGAAAUCUGUAUUGAACAUUACCCUCAUGUGUCUCCUGUGCAUCAGAUUUACCUCAUACUGGUUAUACUGCCGAUGUGAUGGACAUGAACCAAUGGAAAUCCUUCUGAACCAAAUUGUGGUUUUCUUUACUGACUAUCCUACUGCUUAUUUAGAUAUAGGUUGUAAAGUUUCAAUCGUACUCAUGACUACAUUUGUGGUUGGGAUAGCAUUGAUGGCAGAAGGUCUACCCAAAGACUAUGUCAUUAAACAUCCAGACGUAUCGAAUUGAUCACUUUUAGUGUCAUAAACCACUGUCUUGCUCAGAUGUCUACCACAUCAGUGUAACAUAGUAAUUAAUUUCCAGUGUUAAUUACCUCUAAGACAUAGUGAACCAUAGUCAUGACAAAUUUCUAAAUGGAUGGGCCACAACAAGUUUUUUUCAGCAAUGCACACUCAGAUUAAUAUUUAUGAUAGUAUGUAAUGAAAAGUAGAAUAUUUUUCACCUGUGUGUGUCUGUGUGCUUAGGGGAAAACUGUAAUGUGUUGUAUUGACUGAUACAAAGUAGAUAGAAGUUGUGUGGAAGGUAAGGCGUUGAGAAAAUUAAGUUUACUCAGUACUUGGGAACUGAAAUACUUGAACCUGAUUAUCCUUGACCACUAUUAUUGUGUGUUGUUGCUAAUGUGAUUAAAAUAUUAAUUGCUAUGUAUGCUGUUAAUUCAUCUGAAGGUGAGAAUCUAGUAUCUGACAGAUGUGUUAGUGUGUUUAGAAUGGUCUGUCUCCCUGGGACCCUCAUAGGGAAAUGUGCAAAAUAAGUUAAGUUAAACUUGCUACAGUUUCAGUCUCCAGAAAUGGUUAUACUGAGAUUGAAUGAUACAGUCAAACAACGUUCAUAUAAUGUAUAGAUUGUAGAAAUCAAAUCAGCAAUGGAAGUUACAAACAGAUACAUGUACGUUGUGUGUCAAAUGAUAUAUGUCUGUUUUGGGUGAUAUUGUACAGAGUUCUGUGAUAGAUGACUCAAAUAAAUCAGAGUAUCUUCCA